GCUAAUUACAGCAAUUCAAGGGCAUGUUCGUUAAUCCAUUAUAGUUUAGGUGGCAUGAACGCAUAAUUAAUUCAACAACUGGAUAGUGGAUAGAAGAAAGAAAUUGGUCUGGUUUGGCUGGAUACGUGGUAGCCACCUGUCCUUCCCUUCCUUCUAAACCUGCUCUGCUCUUGGUGAUGCUGCGAAGCUUUUCUUCCUUCCCUUAUCUUCCGCUCUGCUCUCGACCUUCUUCCUUUCGUCGCCAUUUCCACAACCAAGCAACUUACCAUUAUGCAAACGUUUAACUUACUGAAGAAGUGAAUUGGGAUUACGUUGAAUGGUCACAGCUUCUCUCAAUCACUUCUCUCCCAUAUCUUCGUUUGCUACUCUUCAAAUCAUCCCGAGCUUCACUUGAAAUGGCGGCUCCACUACUCCGCGAGCUGUCUCUGGUUUCCUGCCACCAGUUUCAUCCGUCCGUCCCCUCCGUCUCUCCAGCCUCCAGCUUCCUUCUCCCCCAUGAGCACAAGCUCCACUCUUUCGGUUCUCCGCCGCUUCAAUCCCUUUGCUCUGGUUGGCAACCCAGAGCUAGGGCUCGUGUCAGGAGUCGGAGGAAUAUGCGCGCAAUGGCUUCACUUAGUGGCUUCCUUGGCGGGAUUUUCAAAGGGACCGAUACCGGGGAAUCCACCAGGCAGCAGUACGCUUCGACUGUGGGAUUGGUCAAUGGGUUGGAGGCCCGGAUUUCGUCGCUCUCUGAUUCCGAAUUGCGCGACAGGACUUCCGCUUUACAGGAGCGUGCUCGGCAGGGCGAGUCGCUAGACUCUCUUUUGCCUGAAGCAUUUGCACUGGUGAGAGAAGCUUCCAAGAGGGUUUUAGGCCUCCGUCCUUUUGAUGUGCAACUCAUUGGUGGCAUGGUUCUUCACAAGGGGGAAAUUGCUGAAAUGAAAACGGGAGAAGGGAAGACCCUUGUUGCUAUUUUACCAGCGUUUUUGAAUGCCUUGAGCGGGAAUGGAGUUCAUGUUGUUACCGUCAAUGACUACUUGGCUCGCAGGGAUUGUGAAUGGGUUGGUCAAGUUCCUCGUUUUCUUGGACUGAAGGUUGGCCUAAUCCAGCAGAACAUGACUAGUGAACAAAGAAGGGAGAAUUAUUUGUGUGAUAUCACUUAUGUCACAAACAGCGAGCUGGGUUUUGAUUACCUGAGAGAUAACCUUGCCACGGAAAUACAGAGUGUUGAAGAGCUGGUCCUCAGAAGAUUCAAUUACUGUAUUAUCGAUGAAGUUGAUUCCAUCCUGAUUGAUGAAGCAAGGACUCCCCUCAUCAUAUCUGGACCCGCUGAAAAACCUAGUGAUCGGUACUACAAAGCUGCAAAGAUCGCUACAGUCUUUGAAAGAGACAUUCAUUACACUGUCGAUGAGAAACAGAAAAAUGUUCUUCUCACUGAACAAGGUUAUGAGGAUGCUGAAGAGAUUUUGGAUCUUAAAGAUCUGUAUGAUCCCCGCGAACAAUGGGCACUCUAUAUAUUGAAUGCCAUAAAAGCGAAAGAGCUGUUUCUUAGGGAUGUUAACUAUAUUGUACGGGGCAAGGAGGUGCUUAUAGUGGAUGAGUUCACCGGUCGAGUUAUGCAGGGUAGAAGAUGGAGUGAUGGACUUCACCAAGCUGUUGAAGCAAAAGAAGCUUUGCCUAUUCAAAAUGAGACUAUAACGUUGGCGUCAAUUAGUUACCAGAACUUUUUCCUUCAGUUCCCGAAAUUGUGUGGUAUGACUGGGACAGCUGCUACUGAAAGCACUGAAUUUGAGAGCAUAUAUAAACUCAAAGUGACUAUUGUGCCUACAAACAAGUCCAUGAUAAGAAAGGAUGACUCUGAUGUCGUAUUCAGGGCAACUGUGGGCAAAUGGCGAGCUGUUGUUGUAGAGAUUUCAAGAAUGUAUAAGACAGGGAGACCUGUGCUUGUUGGCACAACAAGUGUUGAACAGAGUGAUGGAUUAUCUGGUCAGUUGCAAGAAGCUGGGAUUCCUCAUGAGGUUCUCAAUGCAAAACCAGAGAAUGUUGAGAGAGAGGCUGAAAUCGUAGCACAGAGUGGUCGCUUAGGGGCAGUAACGAUUGCCACAAAUAUGGCAGGUCGUGGAACAGAUAUCAUUCUUGGAGGGAAUGCAGAAUUUAUGGCCAGAUUGAAACUACGUGAGAUUUUAAUGCCAAGAGUUGUGAGACCAGAUGAAGCUUUUGUAUCAGUGAAGAAAGCUCUCCCUCCAAAGAAGUCAUGGAAGGUGAAUGAAAAUCUAUUCCCCUGCAAACUAUCUGAUGAGAAUACCAAGUUGGCUGAGGAAGCCGUUCAGUUUGCUGUGAAGGCCUGGGGUCAGAGAUCAUUAAAUGAGCUGGAAGCGGAGGAGCGACUGUCUUAUUCUUGUGAAAAGGGCCCUGCUCAAGAUGAAGUAAUAGCAAAGUUGCGCAAUGCCUUUCUAGAAAUUAUGAAAGAAUAUAAGAUAUACACCGAGGAAGAAAGGAAGAAGGUCAUAUCAGCAGGUGGGCUACAUGUAGUGGGGACAGAGAGGCACGAGUCACGAAGAAUCGACAAUCAGCUUCGUGGCCGCAGUGGGCGCCAAGGGGAUCCAGGAAGUUCACGCUUCUUCCUUAGCCUGGAGGAUAACAUCUUCAGAAUUUUCGGUGGAGACAGGAUCCAGGGCUUGAUGAAAGCAUUUAGAGUCGAGGAUCUACCCAUUGAAUCUCAAAUGCUAACGAAAGCACUGGAUGAAGCUCAGAGGAAAGUGGAGAACUAUUUCUUUGAUAUUCGGAAGCAAUUGUUCGAGUAUGAUGAAGUUCUCAACAGCCAGAGAGACCGGGUGUACAGCGAGAGAAGACGAGCCCUUGAAUCUGACAAUCUCCAGUCUCUCAUUAUUGAGUAUGCUGAACUAACAAUGGAUGAUAUCUUGGAGGCAAAUAUUGGUUCUGAUGCACCUACAGAAAGUUGGGAUCUUGAAAAGCUGAUUGCAAAAGUUCAACAGUAUUGCUAUCUGUUGAAUGAUCUCACCCCAGAUUUGCUGAGAACCAAGUGUUCGAGUUACGAGGACUUAAGAGACUAUUUGAAGCUGCGAGGUCGCGAGGCAUACUUACAGAAAAGGGAUACCGUGGAGGAACAAGCACCAGGAUUGAUGAAGGAAGCUGAAAGAUUCUUGAUUUUGAACAACAUAGAUAGGUUGUGGAAGGAACACCUGCAAUCAAUCAAGUUUGUCCAGCAAGCGGUAGGGCUACGUGGGUAUGCACAGCGUGAUCCACUGAUCGAGUAUAAACUUGAAGGCUAUAACCUCUUCUUGGAUAUGAUGGCUCGGAUUAGAAGGAACGUCAUAUAUUCCAUAUACCAGUUCCAGCCAGUACUAGUGAAGAAAGAUGAGUCGAAAGAGAAACCUACCGAACUGGUGAACAAUGGUCGGGGGCGUAAUAAGAAAGAUCCAGUUGGCGCCACUGAUAUAUCCUCAGCUUGAGGCCAGGCUCCAAAGCUAUUGCAGGAGCUUUCCUAUGCGGGCAUCAAGAAGAGUUGUUGCAGCAACCUGUUGUCAGUUUUUUAAAUGUGUAAAGGCCACCAAAAAGUUUCUAAUAACAUAAUAGUAUAAGAAACCAAAGAACUUGGAUUUUGUUGGAGACCACGGAUUCAUUGAUCCAUUAACGGCAGAGUGCAGAAUCAGUUGCUCUGUUUCGUUGCUUGAUUCCAUUGCUGCAGCUCCAUGCAUUGAUUCAUAGCAUUCCCCUUGCUUAGCCAUAUGGGAUUGCAAUCUGAAGCUACUAGCACAGCGUGUUCACCGCAGCAAGGAACAUUUGAAACAAAAUAAUAGGGACAGAUGGAUGGGGUUUUAUAGGAGGAUAACUGUACUUUGUUGAUAUGGAAAAUCUGUACUUAGUUGUGAGAUAAUUGCCCAUUGUUUCCUCAAUUUUUUUUGGGAAAACCAAAAUUGCUCUAAAAAAUAUAGUAAUUGUUGUUGUUGGUAAACAUGAUUAACUACCCUUUAAGUUAGGAACUGAGUAGAGGGAAGCAAACUGAAUCUAGC